CAUGUUAUUGAUAGAACCGGUUCGUUCAAGUGUAGCCUGCCAGUGGGAAGUUUAAUACACUGGCCAUGACCUAUAGUGGAGAUGUCUAUUUCGUUCCCGUAUUGUUUUGGGAUUUGAAUAAGUUCCGAACCUUGUGCAUUUGUGGGACCCGUCUCACGAGUGCACGGCGUCUGUCGCGCCUCGGAUUUGGGUUCUGGGGCAUGACAGAUUUAGUGCCAAUGGAUCUUAGAACCGUGGUGAGACGAGUGAUGGGGUUAUACAAGGGACAAGUUUGAUUGUAAAUGUUGGCGAAAUUGAUCUAGUUCUGGAACUUUUAGUUUGGAUGAUAAACUGAGAUGAUAAUGAUAAAUCAGGAAUUUGUGUUUGGGGAUUUUAAAUGCUCCGUUGAUAAAAGUUCUUGCAAAAUUGAUUGACUUAGUUUUAUGGUUCCUUGUGUCAAUGUAUCUUCUGAUGAGGUAUUGUGCUUAGGCUCAAAUCUGUUUUGCGUUUAGGCUUACCGUUUUGGGUGUGUGACGAAGAGGGACUCUAAGCUUUUCAGCUCCUCCCCUCUUCUUCCACUCCGGAAAUCAUUUCCAAUUCUUGAUGCUUUUUGUUCUCUAAAUCUCCAGUUCCCUUCAGUUUUUGGAGUGGUUGAUGAUUUUAGUGUCUGUGUGAAUCUGCUUGUAAGCUUUUGUUUCAGACUUAAAACAAGUUAUCUUGCAUUCGUAACGGUAAUUAAUUUGGUUCAAUAUAUCUGUUUGAUACUUGAUGAUUUUUGAGUGGAUAACUUGAUUUGCCUGUGUAAUGAACUUAGAUGUGAAGC